GGAUAAACUAAACACAAUUUGAGGAGAUCAAUUUGAACAAGGGAAUAGACUUUUUUUUGCAGUCCGUCUGCUGCCAGGCCCCAAAACCUGCCAGACCUGAGUUGCUGGUGCACACCAACACAGAGUAAUUUUCUCAGCAUCAGCCAGUUGACCGGUGAAGUCAACGCCGUAGGGAAGAUUGGCGAUGAUCCGCUUUCGUCUUUGCCAGAAGUGUCAAGGCCAUCGCCGUUAGAGCUCAUUGUGUUUGCAGUGGCACAGAGAGUGAGAGUGAGAGAGCGGGCAGUGUGUUGUAAUCUAAGGAUGACACCCGCACUUUAUUCCAUCAGAUAGUGCUCGGUGAGGUGUGUGGUUCAGCUCAUCACGCGUUGUGUCUGCACACACAUAUAAAACACACAUACAAACGCUCCAGAGCUAUACACGACCAGAGGCCGACAAUGCAUUAGAUCCUGACAAUCAGCGGAGCUCUGUUUGGACCUGAAACACAGCUGGCUUUCAGAUCAGUGUGUAUGAGUGAGUGUGUAUCUGGAGUGCAUCCAGUGGAGCAUGUUGAAAAGGAAGAGUUAGUCAGGUCGAUGCUGCACGAUUACUCCGUUUGAUAGCCUGUGAUUAUUCUGAGGAGACUGGAAUUACCAUGUAAAGUCACUGUCCAUUUACGCUACAGUGUAUACAUGAUAGCGUAUCGAAAGAGUUCUAGCAUUCAAGCGAAUAAUGGUAGAUACCUUGUGAGAGUAAUGUGCGAGUCUCUGGGGUAAAAUAACAGUCUAAAAAGUGUAAUAUCUAAAACUAAACCGUCUGACUGCAGUUUGCUCAACCUCUUGCAGGUUGGUUUUUUCUACAGAGGGCAAGCACUUCCACUCUCUGUCUUUAUAGAGCGGCACUCGAGCUCAAAGGAUUUUAUUUAACCUUAGCUAUCUCCAGAUGAGUUGUAGUAAGAUAGUGUCUCCAUCUCUCCAGAGGCCUGGCCGGUUUGGUUAUAGCUCAGAGGAACAUUGACUUCUGCCUGCCGAUUUGCCGGGUGUGAAGUGCAGAAAACCCUGUCUGACUCAUUAAAAUACAAUGUGUUCGAGAAUGAGCAUUGUUGCCCUAGAUUUCUCUGUCCUCGAGGGCACAGCAAUGUAGGUAGCUCUAUUUCAGAAGUUAGCAUUCAGUCAACAUCAGUAGAGAUAAACUUGAAUUGCUUUGGAAGACAGUUUCUCAGCCUGUAUCUGACUGAAAUAUUGUAUUAUUGAUGUUUUCUGUUCCUUGGAGCAGUGUGGUUUGACCUACUCGACACAAGCAGCCUGUUGUUGUGGUUAAUUGAAGAGCUGAUUGUUCGGGCGACCGGUGCUCACAACUAGCUUAGCUCCCAGUUUGACACUGCUGUGUACAGUUGGUAGUAUGCUAAUUAAAAUGCCCCUCGUUUGGUUAAUUACAUAGCUGCCAUUACUGAAUACCCUUGCUAGUGUGGCAGGUCUACUUUGGUUACUUCUGGUAUUGGUUUUUCUGGUUUAUUGAUCUCAGAGUCCUGGGCUUUGGUCUCUGGAGGCUCAAAGCACUGUGGUAGAAAAGCUUCUCUACUGCUUUGUAGCAGCAAAGCCUCAGCACUGUAUGGAUUUAAGACAAUGCACGUCGUAAGUUCUUUCUAAGCAGCACAAGGUGGUAAAGUCAACAGUGGAAUUUUUUGUUGCUCUGAGCUCAUCUCUGUGUGCAUUGUGAUAUAGUGUCUAAAUCGCUAGCUCUGUUAGCGUCCUGAUCUCUGGCCAAGUGUCUGUGGAUUGCGUGCAAGCCCUGGCUACAAUUCCGUUCUAUGUGACUUAGCAGCUAAAGCAGUUUCUUUGCAUGUGUUGUGAUGCAGUGAAGGACAUAAGAGUCCUUUUAUUUAAGUGCUGUCCCCUAACAACAACUUGUGUCUGAUUGCACUGAAGUAAAGCUGGGCAGUUAGCGUGUGCACGUGUCUGCAGCAUUGCAGUUGAGAACAAAUUUGUGUGUGUGUGGACUAGUUUGUCUGAAGCAGUGCAGGCAGGGUCACAGAGGAGCCAUUGAUCAAACGUGCACAUCCACACAUCUACACACGCUCACACAUAUACACACACACACACGGCUUCUCAAUAAACAAUGAGGCCUGUCCGGAGCCCUGUCCUCUGCCGCCUCCUCCCUGCCCCCUUCUCUCUGGCCCUACGCAGCCUGGUCCUGGUCCUGCUCUGCAUCACUCCCCGUUGUCAGGCGGUGCAGGCAGAGAAUGUGACAGUCUUGGAGGGGGGUACGGCCCAGAUCUCCUGCCGCCUGCAGAACUACGAUGGAUCAAUCGUGGUUAUCCAGAAUCCCCGCCGGCAGACCCUCUUCUUCAACGGCACGCGAGCCCUGAAGGACGACCGUUUCCAGAUGGUGCUCUUCACGCCACGGCUGGUGCGCAUCACGUUGACCAACGUCAGCGUGUCGGAUGAGGGCGGCUACUUCUGCCAGCUUUACACGGACGCCACGCACCACCAGGUGGCGACGCUCUCUGUCUCCGUACCCCCGGAGACGCCCACGGUGGAGGUGAAGCAGGAGGCGGUGGAGGGCGGCGAUGUGGAGCUCAGCUGUAUAUCACCACGCAGCAAGCCAGCUGCCACCCUGCGCUGGGUUCGCAACGGCCGAGAGAUACCAGGUGUGGUUUCCCAGCAGGACAAUGCAAAGACAUUCAGCGUGUCCAGCACCAUCCAGAUCCCGGUAGAAAGGAAAGACAACGGGGCGGCGCUGAGCUGCGAGGCGUUUCACCCAGCGCUUGGCGGGCAGAGGAGGAUCCGACACUACCGCCUGGAUGUGUAUUUUGCACCAACAGUGAGAAUUGUUCCUCCUUCUGGCAUUUUGCGAGAGGGCGACUCGCUCAGCCUCACCUGCUCCGUCACUGGGAACCCUCUGCCCAGGAACAUUCAGUGGUCCAAGAUCAAUGACACCUUACCUGAGAGGGCAGAGAUUUCCGGCCCCACCUUUCAGAUUUCCCGUCUCAGCCAAUCACACAACGGGACGUACUUGUGCCAGGCCCAGAACAACUACGGACGCGCUGCCGAUCAUUACACCCUACUGGUGUAUGAUCCCGGUGCAGUGGUAGAGACUCACAGUGCAGUGCCAUAUGCAGUGAUAGGUGGCGUUCUGGCACUGCUGGUUUUCACCGUCAUCUGCGUCCUCAUCGUCACCAUCUGGUGCUCUGUUCGACAGAAAGGCUCGUACCGUACACGAGAGCCUAUUCUUGCUUGGUAUUGACCUAACAAUCAGUUAACUAAUGUAUUAAUCAGUCACAGGUUCCUAUCUUACCCAUGAGGCCAGUGGGUUGGAUGAACAUGGUGAGGUGCAGGAGGCUUUCCUCAAUGGGAACGACGCCAGCCAGGGCAAGAAGGAGUACCUACUGUAGCCCCUCUCCUUCCCCUUUCCCCUUUUCUUCUGACCUCAUCCCCCCAUCCCUUCCUCUCCCUGUCUACCACCUUAUAUACAGUAUACACACACGCACACACACACGCACACACACACACACACACACACACACACACACACACACUUCUAUACAAAGCGCCAUAACGGGCGGCCUUCUGAAAACGACUGUAUACAGAUACUGCACACAGCCAAUCCAUCCCGCUCCAUUCCACUCCAUGCACACACACAAACCCAGAGACAGACCGAGAAAAAGAGAGCCUAUAGAUCCACCAGCCAUUAACGACUGUGCCAUAUACUGUAAGUCGGAGAAACUGGGGAAAAUGGAGAGAGCAGGAUAGCGUGGAGGGGCGGGGGGAGAGGGUGAGGUGAAUGUAGACAAUAACUAAAUGAUGCCAUAAUUAUUUUGAUCGAGAGGGAAGCGGGGAACACAAAGAAAGCAGGCACUCUGCCCAUGCUGCCUCCAAAGUGGAAGGGGAAUUAGAGGCAGAUGACUGCUAUAAUUCCACGCCUGGAGAAAACCAUCUAUUGCACAAAGCUCAGUCUUUGACUCGUGUGGACAGAGGGAGCAGUCUGUGAGCAGGCUGGGGGAGCUGAGGAGGGACGGCGGGAGUUGACCAGGAGGUAUUGAGCGUUAGAUGCGAGAAAAUUGAAAUUUUUGAAAUUGCCAAAGCAUCCUUCCUAUGUAUAAUUCCCUAACAACACUGCUGUUUUACAGCCCAGAGUCCCGGAAAGUAUCCAGACUUUGAGAACAGGCUAACUGUCCUGUUUCGCUAUUAGUCUGCCAAUACUUUGAGAAAAGGAAUCAUCUCCUAGUGAUUAUUUCAGUCCUCUCGUUGCAUCAGCAAGGAAAAGAUGGUUCUCUUUUCAUUUAAUUAACUCUCCAUCUCCUCCUUCCUCUCCGUUCACCUGUAACCAUCCUCUCUCCCCUCUCCCUUAUAUCUCUCUUUCUCUGUCUGCCCCCCCUCUAUUGCUCCUCCUUUGUUGGCUCCUAAUAAUGAAAGGAUUAGUGUUGGGCUGCGUUCCCGACAAAGAAGAAAGGAAUAUGACUUGCUAAGGCAUUAAAGAAAAGCUUAAUUAUUUUAGAAUGUCAUUAAGAGGAUAAAAAGGUUUAAAAGUCUUAAUAAGAAGGGCAAGGGGAGUGAAUGAAUGAGAAAAUAAAAUGGAUGGAUAUUUUUUUCUGAAUGCUACCACACAUAUGCAGAUACAUGCACACAUCCAUACGUACAGUAAACAUGUUGACAGAACAAGUAUACAUAUCUCUGAACUCCUUAUUUGUAUAAAAAAAGAACAUCGACAUAAAUUAAAUGAAACAUUUAAGAAAUAAAAAAAAAAAAGUUUACUAUUGAAACGCAUUAUGAAGCAACUAUACUAACACAGAAUAUUAGCCUAUAGAGGUGCAAAGCCGAACUGUCCAGUGAUCUUUAAAGAAAAUAAAGAAAAGAAUAAAAAAAAUUUCAUUUGUCUUUAUGAGAAACCAGAGGUUUUUGAUUUUUUUAUUAAUUAUUAUUAUUAUUUGAACAAUUAUGAUUGUUGUUAAUGUUAUUAUUAUUAUUGCCGUUGUUAUUAUUAUAAUUGUAAAUGUUAAAGAAAUGUACACUUCCCAUGGUUUGUUUUUGGUUCUACUGUAGAGAAAUUGCUGUCUUUUUUCACUCUUACCUUUCCUCUCUUUCCCAGUCUUUCUCUCUCUUCGUCUCCUGUGCCUAGUCGUCUCUUCUCCUGUCUUUCACUCUUGUUUAUUUUAGAGUCCAUGUGUCAUUGUUGAUAUAUAGCUAACUAUUUCUUUAUAGGGGAAAGAUACAAAGCACGACAAAAUAAAAAAGAAUUCAAAAAUAA